AUGAAUGCAGCUUGUGAACUGAGCCAAGGAAGCCUUAUGGAAAAAAUGGAACUACUUGAUAGGAUCAAAAAAUAUUAUAUACCAGAAGUCUUUGAAUCCAACACACUUCUUCGUAAACUGGUUAUGCCAGUUGUAGCUACUGAAUUCCUGAGAUCCAUUGAGGAGCCAUCUAAAAGAGUUGAAUCUUUGGAAAAGGAAAAGGCCAUACUUCGUUGGACAAUGGCAUUCACUAUUCUCUUCUCAGCCGCCGGAAUAAUUUGGAUAUUCCAAAGCAAAAAUAUUCUUAACAAUUAA